AUGGAGGAAAUGAUGAAUCAAUUAAUUGCUAAUCAACAAAAGACGGAUUCUGACCUGCAGAGUAUGAGGAACCAACUGGGACAGGUGCAAGCAAUGCAGAGUCAGAUGAGUCAGAUGGCGAUAGCAAUUAACCGCCUAGAAUUCCAAAUCCAAGAUAAAUUACCAUCUCAAUCUGAAUUGAAUCCGAAGAACAUAAGUGCGAUGAUCCUAAAGAGCGGGAAGAAAAUUCAGGGGUCUGAACUCACAAUUUCAAAGGACAAGGAUGAGAAAAAAAUUGAGAACGAACUUGAGAAGGAGGGUAGCCAAGGCACAACUCCAGUGGUAUUUCCUGACCCGAUCGUUGAGGUAAAAACUCAUCCGCCUCCCUUUUCUAGUAGGUUGAAAAAACCAAAAAAACAGAAUAAGGAGAAAGAGAUCCUGGAGGUGUUCCGCAAGAUAGUGAUAAAUAUCCCCCUGUUUAACGCCAUCAAACAAGUGUCGAAAUAUGUCAAGUUUUUGAAAGACCUGUGUGUCAAUCGAAAGCGGCUGAGGGGAGAUGAAAGAAUUAUUGUGGGGGAGAAUGUGUCAGUGGUUCUACAAAGGAAACUCCCACCGAAGUGCGGGGGCCCAAGUAUGUUUACUAUCUCCUGUAAAAUUGGCAACACUUUGAUUAGGAAGGCCAUGUUGGACUUAGGAGUAUCGAUCAAUGUAAUCCCUAGAUCUAUCUAUGUUCCUCUGAACCUAGGUCCAUUAAAAGAAAUUGGGAUAAUAAUUCAAUUAGUUGACCGAACUAAUGCAUACCUUGAUGGGUUGGUUGAGGAUGUGUUGGUCAAAAUUAAUGAUUUGGUAUUCACAACUACCUUUUAUGUACUUGAGAUUGAUGAUGAUCAUUCCCCCGAUCCCUCACUUUUACUAUUAGGUAAACCCUUUUUUAGCACAGUACAGACUAAAAUUGAUGUUAAUGAGGGUACCUUGUCCAUGAAAUUUGAUAGGGAGAUUGUUCAUUUCAAUAUUUUUUAUACUAUGAAAUAUCUCUCAAACUCUAAUUUUACCUCUAUUUUUUCUGUGAGUGCUGUUGACCCUGCGGUGCAGAAAGUGUUUGAAACUAUUGACAGGGAUGAGUUAGAGGUUGUUUUAACCAAACAUCUAGAGUUGGAGACAACUCCUGACGUGGAGUGGAGUGAAGAUUUAAAAUGCAUAAUAGGGGCGUUAUACUCGUUGCCAACCACAACGAAAAGGUAUGAAGUCUCACCUAUUUUUAUUCCCAAACCUUACCAAAGGGUACUGCCGAAACACUUGAAAUAUGCAUAUCUGAGUAACAACGAAACACUCCCGGUGAUCAUCUCAGCUGCACUCUCUGACACCCAGGAGGAGAAACUAAUUCGAGUCCUGAGUGAACAUAAAGAGGCGAUAGGGUGA